AUGCUUGACUACUACGCGGAGAGUGAGCCCAAACGCAGGGGCAUCUCUCCCGGACAGGGCACCAAACUCGAGGCCCUGCUGCAGCACGGCGCUAGUGUGGUCAUCUGCUCCCGCAAGGAGGCCAGUCUAAACACAGCCAUCGAGGAGCUCAAGAAAGUCUCACCGGAAGUGCACGCCAAGCGGUGCGAUGUGCGCAAGGCCUAGGACUGUCAAAGGUGGCCAGCCCACACCGUCGCCCUUUUCGGGAAGAUCGACAUUCGUAACGGGGCGGCAGGCAACUUCCUGGCUCCCUUCUCCCAGAUUUGAGAAGGGGUCCGAACCGUCAUGGACAUCGAUGCUAUCGGCACCUUUAACAUGACCAAGGCUGUCUAUCACACCGGCAAGUUCCAGAAGGGCUGCGUGGUCAACAUUUCUGCUACCCUGCAACUCGGCGUGGCCCUCCAGGCGCAUGCCGCUGCGGCCAAGCGGCAAGUGGACGCCAUGACGCGAGUGCUGGCUGUGGAGCUGGGGGGGCAGGGCAUCCGCGUCAACGGGAUCGCCCCUGGACCAUCGCAAGGAACUGCUGGGCUGAGCAAGCUGAACCCUACUGACUGCACGAAGUAGCUGGAGUAGAUGAUCCCACUAGGGCGGGUGGGCCGCCGGGAGGAGAUCGCAGAGAUGGUGCUGUACAUGGCCGGAGCCGGACAGUACCUGACGGGACAGGUGGUGGUGGGUGACGGGGGACAGAGGCCUAUCCGCCGCGAACUUCACACUUCCUGA